AUGCAAUUUAAGAAAAAGAACACCUUCGAUCCAAUGCCAAAUCAAGCUACUAUUAAAACCUUUAUGAGAUCAGUACAAAAGGAAACUACUGACCAUCUUGGAAUCACUCACCCACACCAUUCCAACUGUUCAAAACAAGAUAGGGAAAUUAUCAAGUCACUAGCCAUUAGAUCAGCCGAUAAGGGUGGAGGCAUCCAAGACUAUAGUAAAUAUAGGUUGGAAAUAUUGCAUCAACUAUCUGAUUCUGACACCUAUCUGAAAUUAAAUGGGGACCCUACAAUACAAGUGAAACGCUUAAUCGAAACUACUCUACAGAAAGGUCUGGAACAAGAGUUCCUUGACCAAGACUUCUGGGAAUUCCUACAACAGUCAAACCCUAGAACACCGGUGAUCUACAUACUCCCCAAGAUCCACAAGAGUCUUCAAGACCCCCCAGGGAGACCAAUUGUUUCGGCAGUUGGUGCAAUCUUGGAUCCCCUGGCAAGAUGA